GGCAUGUCACGAUCUACCAACGACAAAAAGCACCCCAGCUCGCCUGGUUCCAAGCUUCUCCAAGACAUAACCAAUUCACAUCCGUCUCACGCACCUCUACCCCUGGAUAGAUACAGCGGUACCGAAGUAUAUCGAGAACGGAGCAAGAAGGAGCAGAAUAUGCAGAGCUCAACGCCCAAGAGCCAUGGGCCAGACCGGCGGGUAUCAAGCUCGAGACGUACGGCAAACGGAUACAUGCCGAUUGAAGACUAUGGGUUGAUUGGGAAUAUGCGAACCUGUGCAAUGGUUGCCUUGGAUGGUGGCAUCGAUUAUAUGUGCUGGCCGUAUUUUGACUCGCCAUCUGUCUUCUGCCGGAUCCUUGACAAAGAAAAGGGUGGCCACUUCACCAUAGGCCCGACCAGCGACGACUUUUGUACGACGAAGCAACAGUAUCUUCCUGCAAGCAACAUCCUCCAAACGCGCUACUUGAAGGAGGAGGGCGUCAUGAAUGUCGUGGAUUUCUUUCCAAGGCCAAACGACAAAUACUGGGAUGCCCAAUUCCACGCCAAUGUCAUUGCCAGCGAACAUACUGGCAAGGUGCCUGAGCGUCCUGAUCUCAAAAAAUGGCUCGUAAGGCGAGUGGAAUGCAUGCGAGGCACCGUAGAGGUGAGCGUCGAGGUAUUCCCUGCUUUCAAUUAUGCCCAAGACAAACACACCACCGAGAUUGCCGAUUUAGGCAAGACGUCACGCGGACAUGACCUGCAACGUGUGACCUUCACGUCCAAGGAUCUGUCUUUGGAAUUGAAUGUGACCAUUGACUGCGGAGACGAACCGGAAACGACCUGUCCAAAGAUUAUGUUUGAAAAGAAGCCAGACCCACAGAACUUGGGCGAUGGAGUCACAGCUACUUUCACCUUGAUCGAGGGACAGGCUGUAUCCUUCAUCUUGCGUGAUGCAGACGAUCACAAUCCGGAUAUCAUUGAAACCGAGCAGGUGACUGAGCUACAAAAGACGACCCAUAAGUACUGGGCAACAUGGAUCCAGCAAAGCAAGUAUGUGGGCACAUGGCAAGAGGUUGUUGCACGGAGCCUGCUCCUGCUGAAAAUGUUGACGUUCGAGCCAACUGGAGCCAUUGUUGCUGCGCCAACAUUCUCCUUACCAGAAGACUUUGGGGGUUCGCGCAACUGGGACUAUCGUUACUCGUGGGUGAGAGAUGCAUCCUUCACCAUAUACAUCCUCCUUCGUACAGGCUUCAGCCACGAAGCGGAAGCCUACGUGAGCUACAUUUUCCAGCGCGUCAAAGAGGCCAAGGCACGCAACGGAGCCCUUCCUAUCAUGUUCAGCAUCCAUGGAGAAAGCGACUUGCCCGAAAUGGAGCUUUCCCACCUGGAAGGCUAUAGAGCGAGUCGGCCUGUCCGCAUUGGAAAUGGCGCAGCAUCCCACGUACAACUCGACAUUUACGGCGAGCUGAUGGAUGGAGUCUAUCUGGCGAAUAGAUUUGGGCGGCCAAUAUCGUACGACCAGUGGCUGUCGGUACGAGAGAUUGCAGAUUACGUAUGUACCAUAUGGAGGGAACCCGACAUGUCGAUCUGGGAGGUUCGUGGAAUGAAGCAGAACUUUGUCUACAGUAAGAUCAUGCUGUGGGUAGCACUGGACCGAGCAUUGCGACUGGCGGACAAGAGGAGUUUCCCGUGCCCGCACCGGGCAGAGUGGUACCGGGUUCGCGACGACAUCUACGAGGAGGUCAUGGAGAAGGGGUACAACGCCAAGCUCGAGUGCUUUGUCCAGAGCUAUGAGUCAAACGAGGUUCUGGAUUCGGCGGUGCUGAUCGCGCCUCUGGUGUUCUUCAUAGCGCCUACGGAUCCCCGGUUCCUGAAGACGCUGGACCGCAUACUGAAGGCCCCGGAGAAGGGCGGGUUGACGAGCACUGGCCUGGUAUUCAGGUACAACCAUGCGCUUAGUGAUGACGGCGUCGGGGGGCAGGAAGGCAGUUUUUCCAUGUGCACCUUUUGGCUGGUGGAGGCAUUAACCAGAGCUGGCUACUACGACGAAAAGUAUCUCGUGCAAGCCGUGACGAUGUUUGAGAACAUGCUAAGCUUUGGCAACCACUUGCACAUUUUCUCCGAGGAGAUUGCGCGGUCAGGGGAGCAGCUGGGCAAUACACCGCAGGCAUUUAGCCAUCUGGCGUUGAUCUCGGCAGCCUUCAACCUCAACAAGACGCUGAGCAGCCGACAGAGGUAAGAAAUGGUCAGAUAGCAACGCAAUGCAACGUGUGAGACGGACCGUCGAGUGCCGGGCGUUCGCGCUAGCCCCGAGGAGC